AUGAACCCUCAAUGUGCACGCUGUGGGAAAAUCGUAUAUCCUACUGAGAAAGUGAAUUGCCUGGAUAAGUACUGGCACAAGGGAUGCUUCCACUGUGAGGUGUGCAAGAUGACGCUGAACAUGAAGAACUACAAAGGCUACGAGAAGAAGCCCUACUGCAACGCGCACUACCCAAAGCAGUCCUUCACCAUUGUGGCCGACACCCCGGAGAACCUGCGGCUGAAACAACAGAGCGAGCUGCAGAGCCAGGUGAAGUACAAGAAGGACUUUGAGGAGAGCAAGGGAAGAGGAUUUAGCAUCGUCUCGGACACCCCGGAGCUCCAGAGACUCAGGAGGACCCAGGAACAGAUCAGUAACGCAAAAUACCAUGAAGAUUUUGAGAAGACGAGAGGACGAGGCUUCACCCCGGGGAUGGAAGAGGCCAACAUGGAGCGGAUGAGGCGGAGCAAGCAGAUGAUGGCCGAGGCGAGGGGAGGGUACCCACACACGGGGGACAUGGAUCCGCGCAGACCAGGCAUCAUAGUUGCUCCGGUGCUGCCUGGAGCGUACCACCCAACCGGACACUCGCAGGGCUACGGUUAUAUGCACCAGACAAGCAUGUCCUCCAUGCGAUCCCUGCAGUCUCCGCCGCACACCUCCGUCACGAGAACCUACCGGGCCAUCUAUGACUACACGGCGCAGGACCAUGACGAGGUGUCUUUCCGGGACGGGGAUGUCAUUGUGGGCGUGCAGCCCAUUGACGAGGGCUGGGUGUUCGGUACGGUGCAGAGGACGGGACGCUCUGGCAUGCUCCCCGCCAACUACAUCGAGGGCCUGCGCUGAAACUCAGCAUUCCCCGGCGAAGUUUUGACACCUUAAAUCGGUCAAAUUGUGACAUGGUCAGCUUUCAUCUUCUGCAGUAACAUCCUUAAAACAAGGUCUUACACACUAAAUAUAAAAAAUCUGGUUAUAGCAACUUGAUUCAAUUAAGAAACUGGAAAAUACUAAGGAAGACACUGUAAAAUAGCGCCUCCUGCAGGACACACAAGCACCCCCACUACUCUUUACUGUGUAACUGACCACAUCAUCCAUGUCCACAAGUAAGGCCAACUGAAAUAUAUUAAUGCGUUUUAUUUUUAUCUUUUUUCCUACACCUGUCUCUUUUUUACAGAAAUUAGGGGAAUUAUUUUCCAUUACUAUUCUGUGCAAGUAAGCUUGUGUAAUAGUUGUGAUAUUUUACUUAACUCCUUGAACACUUUUUUAUGUUAUUUCAAAGAAAAAAUGUUUGACAUGCCUUGAACUUAAGCGAGAGCGUUAUGCCAAGUUCUAGGUGUGGAUUAAUAACUUAUGCAAGAAUAGAUACUAUGUAUAUUGCGAUCCUGUGUUCUAGAUGCGUUUUUAGGGAAUUUUUAGUAAUGAAGUUCAGGACCUUUGCUUGGGUUCCUGCAGUGACCAUAAACAUUUUCCUGACUAAUGGCAAAUCAAGUUGCAUCCUGUCACACAAUGGGUGACUCAGAAAAUAUCCCUUGAUCGCUAUGCUCGUCAUGCCUAUCGCUUUGGCGUCAUUUUGUUUGACUACAAGCGGUUUGAGACACCGAGAGGUUCAUUUAACGUCAUUUACGUUCCCGCACACAUAUAUGUACAUAUGCAUGUCGUGUUAACGAAGUAUUGAAAAAAAAAAUGGAUCUGCGUGUUUAAAAAAUGUAACACGUUUACCACGGGACGACUGUUUAUUCAUAGUGACCUCAACCAUUCCUUGGUAGAUCAGUUACCUUUGAUUAGUUUAAGCUGGUACUCAAAAGGACCAAUUAUUAAAACAUAAAGUUUAUAAUCUGUGCAUUAUAAAUGCUCAUUAUAUAAAUAUCCUGUCUGAGAUGGUAGGACGUCGCCCACAUGAUUCACGCACCUUCAAAGGGAAGAACGAGGUAUUUUUUAGCUCUUGAUAUCACUGGCGACUCUUAGGAAGUGAAUAGAUGAAAAUCAAUGUCAAAUAUGCUUUUUUUUUUUUAUUUAACAAAAACUUCAUGCAAGAAUAAACGGCUUUGUCUGUCUGGC